AUGUUCUUCUAUAUUCUUGUUUUCCUCCUCUGUUUUUCUUUGGUUCAAAGUCAAAUAAACGACACAGUUAUUCGUCAAACUCGUCCUCUGUCAUCAUUUGCAUUCGAUGAAAUUCUAGUUAAUGGUGCAUUCGAUGUAUUCUUGACCCAGACAUCGAAUGAGUCGUUGAAUCCGACUGUUGAAAUUGAAGCACCAAGCGACGUUCAAAACAAUGUUCUUGUCGAAAUUGUAAACAAUCACAUUCUCUUCAUCUCUAUGAACGGAUCAACAAUGACGAAUAAAAAUAUUUAUGCUUAUAUUCGAUUCCGUUCUCCAUUAUAUCGUUAUACAAUUAAAGGUACUGGAAACGUUCUAACAGAUGAUAAUGGAAUAUCAAGUGAGAAUACCGAAGGAUUUACUUUGGAUAAUCAAGGUGUAGCCAAUGUUGCUAUGAGAUUGAAUGUAAAAAAAUUUCAAGUUUAUCAUACUGGAACGGGAAAUAGUCGAUUUUGGGGCGAAGUACGUGGUGAAGCGUACUUUGAUGCAAAAGGGGUUGGUGAUAUCAACGCGUUAAGUUUGACCACAAAUCAGGCGAAAGUACGAUCGACUGGUGUUAGUAUCGUACGUGUUGCAGCGAUUGACGAUGUUCAAAUUGAAGUUUCAGGCGUUUCAAACGUUUAUUAUCGAUUACCUGCGGGUAAAAAGCCCAGCAAAGCGAUUUCAACUGGACUUGGAAAAAUUGUACUUAUUCAUUAA